GCCAACCAGAGGUCCGCUACAGAUGAUGAUGAUGAUGAUGAUGCGGCUGAUGCUGCUGGUGAUGAUGAAGCUGAAAUUGAUGAUGUUCAUGAUGAAGCUGCUAUUGCCGCUGACGAUGACAAUGGUGGCUUUUUGGAUGAUGUGGCUGGGCCUGACGAUGGCGCGCUUGAUGAUGCCGGUGAGGCCGAUGCUGCUGCUGUAGAUGAUGCUUAUGAUGAUGACGAUGAUAUUAAUGCUACUGAUGAUGAUGACGAUGCUGCGGAUGAUGAUAAUGAAGAUGCUCUUGAUGAUGAUGCGUCUCCCGGGAGGAGCGGGUUGGGCAUUUGCAGCAGGAUGGCUGCGUUUCUUUCGGUUGUCUGGAAUGGGGUUUUCUUCUUCCCCACUCUUUCUGCGGGGUUCUUUUGUGGGCUAUGGUGGCGGCUAGGGGCUGGCUAGUUGGGGAUGUUUGCUAUUGCCCGGCCAG